GUGAUGACGUAAGCGGCGUUGGCGUGGUGUCGUCGGAGUGGCGGCGCGUGUUGCGGCUCGGGGUCUGCGCAUAGGUUUAGAAUUGUCGCGGGCAGUGGGGCGCCCUAGCUGCCAACUGCACGUGGUUUGUUUCCGGCGUUUGCCUAGUGUCCUGACCAUUCCGCCCCGUUGGAAGUGGGAAACGGAGAGGUUCUGUGGGGACAGAGCUGGGUGUUCUGAGGGAGUAAGCGCGCAUCCGAGGGGCUCUGGAGUGCCUUAGAGCAGAGCUGCGGCCGCGGAAGGGGAGCCGCUGAGAAAGGAGGGCCGCUGCAGGCGGGGUUCCAACCGCGGGGUCUGGGCUGCUCCCGCGGAGGGCCUGGGCGGCCGCGCGAUGCUGGGAGUCCGCUGUCUGCUCCGAUCCGUGCGCUUCUGUUCCUCCGCCCCUUUUCCCAGGCACAAACCUUCAGCCAGACUGAGCGUGCGGGACGCUCUCGGGGCCCAGAACACGAGUGGGGAGCGCAUUAAGGUCCAGGGAUGGAUUCGUUCUGUCCGAUCCCAGAAGGAAGUCUUGUUCCUGCAUGUAAAUGAUGGGUCGUCUUUGGAAAGCCUUCAGGUUGUUGCAGAUUCAAGCCUUGACAGUAGAGAAUUAACUUUUGGGAGUUCUGUGGAAAUACAAGGGCAGCUGAUAAAAAGUCCAUCCAAAAGGCAAAAUGUGGAACUGAAGGCAGAAAUAAUUAAAAUUGUUGGAAAUUGUGAUGCCAAGGCUUUCCCCAUCAAAUAUAAAGAGAGGCAUCCUCUGGAGUACCUGAGACAAUACCCUCACUUUAGGUGUAGGACUAACGUUCUGGGAUCUAUACUGAGGAUUCGCAGUGAAGCCACAGCUGCUGUUCAUUCUUUCUUUAAGGACAGUGGCUUUGUACAUAUUCAUACUCCAAUAAUCACAUCCAAUGACUCUGAGGGAGCUGGAGAACUUUUUCAACUUGAACCUUCAGGCAAACUAAAGGUACCUGAGGAGAAUUUCUUCAAUGUUCCUGCUUUCUUAACUGUCUCGGGACAACUUCAUCUAGAAGUAAUGUCAGGAGCGUUUACUCAAGUGUUUACCUUUGGUCCGACCUUCCGAGCUGAAAAUUCUCAGAGCCGGAGGCACCUGGCAGAGUUUUAUAUGGUAGAAGCAGAGAUUUCUUUUGUUAACAGCCUUCAAGAUCUCAUGCAGGUUAUAGAGGAACUCUUCAAGGCUACAACAAUGAUGGUUCUCUCCAAUUGUCCUGAAGAUGUUGAACUCUGUCACAAAUUCAUAGCUCCUGGCCAAAAGGACAGAUUAGAACAUAUGCUAAAAAACAACUUUUUAAUCAUUUCUUAUACUGAAGCAGUGGAGAUCUUAAAGCAAGCAUCCCAGAACUUCACCUUCACCCCAAAGUGGGGUGUUAAUCUACAAACUGAACAUGAAAAGUACCUGGUGAAGCACUGUGGCAACAUACCUGUCUUCAUUAUUAAUUAUCCAUUAGCAAUCAAGCCUUUCUACAUGAGGGAUAAUGAAGAUGGCCCUCAGCACACAGUUGCUGCUGUUGAUCUUCUGGUUCCUGGAGUCGGGGAACUCUUUGGAGGAGGCCUCAGAGAAGAACGAUACCAUUUCUUAGAGGAGCGCUUAGCCAGGUAUCUGGACCUUCGUCGAUUUGGAUCUGUGCCACAUGGAGGUUUUGGGAUGGGAUUUGAACGCUACCUGCAAUGCAUCUUGGGUGUUGACAAUAUCAAAGAUGUUAUCCCUUUCCCAAGGUUUCCUCAUUCAUGCCUUUUAUAGCUAGAAGAUUGGUUAAGGAAAAGCACCCCAAGGCAGAGGCACUGCACAGGAUUGUGCAGACAGUAGAAUGCAUGUUUGGAUUUUAGAAAUGCAGAUUUCAACAUGUAAUUGUUGUGCCAUAAGAUAUCAUAGAAAAAAUAUAAGUGGUUGUGAUUUUCUUAGAAAGUUGAGGGUAUUUCAUGUAAGGAUGAGCUCCCCUAAGAAGAGGUACUUAUAGCUAGGGGACUCUCAAAUCCAUUACCUCAAUUAAGAAGAAAUGAAGAAAUUGAAUUAGAUAGUCUCAAAGUUCUUUUAAACUCUAAAACAGAAUGAGAUAAUGUAUUUUACUUUGUAAUCAUUAAAUCACUCCCUGGUAAUUUUUGAGAACCAUCUAGUAGCUCAAAAUAAAAUAAUGUUGGAUCUUUUCUCCCUUGCCAUAUACUUUGUGAUAAAUCCUUAUCUCAUUUUCAGUACUUUCCUAAACAUUGCAGAAAAAAAAUAUUCCUUAAAGUCUUAAUUGAUUUAACGAAGUAGCUAUUCUGAAUUGAAAUCCCCUUUCAUUGAACUGGAUGAAAGAAAUCAGAUUUAAUAACUGUUGCUUUUCCAUUUUAAAAGCUAUUGAGAUAUUACAUUAAGUAUUUCAACUCUUUAAUCACUGUUGUGUUAUAAUUUGUUUAUAUUUGAUGUUUAUAAUUUCUCUAAUAAAAUCAAUUUUUUUUAA